UACGAGCGUUCCUUCGUGUUGCCGAAUAGGGGUUGCAAACGGUUUUCUUCGACGUCGGGUGCAAAUUGCGAACGAAACUAGAUAUAUUGUAUUCGAUCUCUUCAAAGUUAAAAAUUUUUUUUUUGAUCACCCCAAGAGUUAAUUACAUACAAAAACAAUAUUGUCAUUUUGUGACUGCUGUUUGUGAAAUUAUUGUUUUCUUUUUUUCGAGAAGAUAUGGAUGAAAACCGUUGUUAACUAUUGUCAAAAAAUAAUUGAUGAAGAGCUCAAGUAUGGUAACGAUAACUUUAUUCCGUGUAAUCCUUCUGAGUAUAUCAUUUCAAGGUUUCUUUGCACUCCGAAACAUGCAUAUUCGAGUACCAGAAGUCGUCAGAAUGGGAGACACCGUGACAUUAUCCUGCUACUAUGACCUGGAAGAUGUCGCCCUUUACUCCAUCAAGUGGUACAAGUACGACAUCGAGUUCUAUCGAUACGUGCCGAAGGAAUCUCCACCGUCCAAAGUGUUCCCGAUACCUUAUAUCACUGUCGAUAUGUCAAGAUCGAAUGCUCGGGAGGUAACCUUAACUGAAGUAGUCAGGGAGACGGCCGGAACGUAUAAAUGUGAAGUCUCCGCCGAUGCCCCGCUCUUUCAUACGGAAAUUCGUUCAGCACAUAUGCUCGUUGCUGAAAUUCCGGACGAGGGGCCCGUACUCCGUACUGAAUUGCAAAAUGUAACACCUGGAGCAAAGGUGAGAGUGAACUGCACAACUCCAGGGUCCUAUCCGCCCAUGAACGUGACGUGGCUCAUAAAUGAGAAAGAGAUCCAACAGAAAAAUUUUAUUGAAAUUCAUCAAACGAUUGAAAACUACGAUGCUUUGCCCGGAUUAGGAACUGUACGAUCGAUUAUUACGCUGAAAACGUAUCCGGAAUUGUUUCAAAGUGGAAAAAUUAAAUUGAGUUGCAUAGCUUCGCUCUAUAAUUUGUAUAGGCAAGUUAGUGAAGUAGAGGUUGCCGAAGAUCGACGGUUAAUGGCUCUGGUAAUGGUUCCAACAACGUCAGAUGAAGAAACCAAAGGUCUAGCAAACGGAUCAAAAGAACUAUUUAGAAUUCCUUUAAAAGCGUGGCUUUUAUACGGGAUUUUAACAAUCUGGCUUAGAUGACAGUUUUUCAUGUAAACUAACGUGUUUAAUUAAAAAAUCAACAUAGAAGGGAGAAGCAAUAAAAAAGAUAAACAAAGUUAAACAAAUAUAAACAAAGUGAACAACAAUUAGUGAAUGAAAUAGUGCGGAAAUAAAAUACUAGUGAUAAUAAAGUAUGUAUACAAUUCAUCUUAAAACCACCAGUUACUGGCUGUACUUCUAUCUACAUUAAAAAAUCAAUAAUUAAAAAUUGUGGGGGUAUUCAUUAUUAACGAAUUGAACGUUAAUUUUAAAAUGAUUAUCCUAUAAUUUUUAAUUUAAUUUUGUGUAUACAUUAAUACCGGUGUUGAAUAAUGUUAAACCUAAAUGAUAGGUUUGUUCGUACAAGCGAUUUGUAAGUUUAAACGUCGAAAUCCCAACCAGUCCAAAACGCUUCCACGAACAAAGAUAAUAAAUAACAAUAAAAUUGUAUAGGUUAUUGUAUACGUAACGCAAAAUAAAAGAUAAAAUAAGAUACAUUGAAAGACAAAACAAUGUUGUAGAUGUAAAUUAAACAUUUAAGAACAUCUUUUAAUUUCACCUGUAAAUAUAUUCAUUUUAAAGAGACACGAACGAUUUAAAAUAUAUUAUUGAAUAAGGAUGAGAAUUAUUACUACUGUAUGUGCCAACACAAAAUGGAAGUUGUUAUUGUUUUAUAAAAAAGAAUGUAAACAAAAAAUUUUUGUAUAGAAAUGUAAAUUAGUAUGGAAAUUUUUAGAAAUUCUCGUAUAAUGCGGGAACAAAAGCUGGCCUACUCUCGAACUAAUGGAAUUUUAAAUUGAAUUGGAUUUUUCUUAAGCGUUUUCAUUUUGAUCUAGAUAUGCAAAAGAUGUCGCAAAUCAAACCAUCCACCAUUGUAUAUCAUACAUCAUACCUUCAUUGUAUGUAUAUGUAUACAAAUAUUAAAAACGAAACUAACAAAAAAAAAUGUUAAUCAACAAUAAAACUUAAUCGUUUACCCGAAAAUAAUGUGAUUGUAACAAUUUAUCAGUUGUUGUUAGUUAAAUUUAUAUCAUCAUAAUUGUAUCAAAAACAAACUCUACGUUGUCUGUGUAAUGUAUAAGUUACGAUGUAAGUAAAUGUAAUAGAUUUCAGCAUGUAUUAAUAAAAUACAUAACUCAUUUUUUAACCAAAA